CCAGAGAAAUUAAGUGGCUUUCCUUGACUGACAUGCAACACCAGUGACCUCAUCAGCUCCAAGACAACUCCAAAGGGAAUGUUGCCAUCCUUUCCCCAGCCAGGUCCCAUUUCCUUCCCACAGGGUCCAAUGGGGACACCUGUGCAACUUUAUGAAUCGAAAGCAUACCUGCAGAAAUUCUUGAAAGGGGAGCCCAAGGUACUGAGGACUGUCCAGAUCAUGAUCGCCCUGAUGAACUUCACCUUAGGAAUGGUUCUCAUUUUGGUUCCUAUGAAAACUUAUUACGUGAAUGAAUAUUUUCUGCUUCAUACUGGCUACAUAUUCUGGGGAACCGCAUUUUUCAUUAUCUCUGGCUCCCUCUCCAUUGCUGCAGAGAAAAGAACCACAAAUACUCUGGUCCAAAGCAGUCUGGCAAUGAACGCUGUAAGCUCGGUGGCAGCAGGACUGGGAAUCAUCUUUUUCUCAGUUAACUUGUCAAUGAUGGAUUCAUCCCAUUAUUUUUGUCACUAUGAAAGUCCCUCUGAUUCCUGUCUUUUGGGCAUGUUUAUAUUGACGGGAAUCAAUGUGAUACUGCUGAUCCUAGCUAUUCUGGAACUUGCCAUCUCCCUUGCAAUAUCAAGUUUUGGCUGCAAAGCCACCUGCUGCAGUCAGAGUUCGAUCACUCUUGUCAUGCCUCCUCCACCCUACGUACCAGAGAACCCAGGUGCUAAGACCUCCUUAGGAGAGGCAAUGCUUCGAAGCACAGUUUCUGACACCAGUGCAUUGCCUGGAAGCCAACCUGACAGUUUCAUAUAAAACAAAUGCUUUCCCAUCCCCAGGGAAGGUUCCUUCCAUUACUGGCUGUUUCUCAAUGAAACAUAGAGCAAAGCGACUCUAUUUUCUGGAGUUCCUUGUUAAUAGUUGCCUUCAGCCUUGGCCAUGGACUAAUCACAUCUGCUUUCUCAUUUUUCACAACAACCUGAUUAUCCCAGUAUUUGCUCACAAUAACAUCAGCAAAAAGGUCAGUAGAUCAUAUUUUUCUUUGGCUGUACCAAGCCUAGCCUGUUGAAGCCUAUGAAUACUGGGAAAUAGGGUCCCUAGAAGAUAAGACAAGAGAAGAAGAAGAAAUGGAGAUGGUAGCACAAAACUGUAUCCUCUCCCAUCCUCCGUGAAUGAAGAUUCUCGACCUUUGGAAUUUUCUGCUGCUUUUACCUGAUGACAUACCGUGAUUCUGCCUCCAGUAGUCUGGGCUCCAUCACCUUUGCUCUUUGACCUCUCUGUUUGCUCCUCCAGCACCCUGGUCAUUGAAGAAAAUACCUCCUUUCUACCCUGCUUCCCUGUCAGCGAGCCAUUUUUCGAGGAACUUACUCUGAUCUCAAAGAUUCUGCAUCCUUUUCUGAUCCCGGUGGCCCACAAAAUCAGAAACUGCUUCAUAAUUGCUCCUUCCUCUACCACCAAACUCUUAUUUUAAAGCUUCCUGGUUCAGUGUAUUGUUAAAAAAAAAAAAGACUUUUGGAUUGGGAGUCAGAAGAGCUAGGAAUGCAAAUCCUGUCUUUGAGGCUUCCUAUCUAUGCCACAAAAGCCUUACCUUUUCUGAACCUCAGUUUCCUUUCACGUAAAUUCGGGAUAGCCAGGCCCAGCCUACUUAUCUCACAGGAUGGUUGUGAGCAUUACAUGGCACAGCAUAUGUUAACUGCUUUGUAAACCUGGGAUGCCAGUAAGCGUUAGAAAGCAGAGCUGCAUACAGUGUGCUAGUUGGAGUAAGGGAGACCUGAACAUACAUCUGGCCUCCGACUCUUACCAGCUGUGUGACUCAGGUGAAAUCACUUAACCUUUCUCAUCUGUAAAAUGAAGACCCUAAAAGCACCUGCCUCAUGGAGUGUUUUUGAGGAUCAGAUGAAAUAAUGUUUGUAAAGUGUUUUGCCACCCUUGAUGAGCACACAAACGCUAACUAGCUAGCCAUCAUGUCAGGGCUUCUUAUUUCUUAUGAUUUUUAUUUCUCUAAUGUUCCCUCUUAUCAUAGUAUUGACUUAGAUGAUCUGGCCACUGGCUCAGGCAAAAUUUUGGAAACAGAGGAAAUUAAGUUCAAAUGCACGAUGGUUUCCCUCACUCCAGAUGGGAUCUGAACUUGCAAUUCAAAUAUUAGUUUAAGUACGAUUUUAUAUCUAUUACAACAAUCACAAUAACUACAACACCAAUAAGCAAUAAUACCUCUCA